UUGGAAUAGAGUGCGCACUGAUAAAAUAACAGAUGACUGGUAAAAUGGGAUCUGCUUAUUUAUUUGUUGCUUUAUCCUGUGCAAGUUUUAUUUCAUUUCUUGCAUCAGAACCAUGUGAUACACGAUGCAUGUGGAAUCCGUGGAGUUCUUGGUCCGACUGUAGCAGACUGUGUGCUGGAGGAAUUCAGAGACGGAGUAGAAGUUUUUGUUGUAGGAUAGAUCUGGCUGAUGAUUCAAGGGCAUGUAUGAAACACUGUGGAAUGGAUUACGACAAAGAAAAAGGUGGUUAUCGUGAUACGAAGAAUUGUAAUGAAAAUUGCUAUAACGGUGGAAACUUUAAUUCUUCCGGUAAAUGCCAGUGUCCAGAUAGGUUCCGAGGAACUUGCUGUAAAGAUGUUGUUACCUGUGGUCGACCUAGCACAGUAACGUAUGGCAGUUUUUCCGGAAGCGAUUUCACGUAUGCCGGUACAGUACGCUACACUUGCGACACUAACUAUAAUAUGACAAAUCCAUCGCAAUCUACCCGAACAUGCACAGAGAAUGGACAUUGGAACGGAAGUGCCCCUACGUGCAUUUACGCCACAUCCUGCAACAGUAGUUCUUGCCAGAAUGGUGCGAGUUGUGUGAACUUGCUGGGGGACUACCGAUGUGAUUGCUUGUCUGGUUGGACUGGCAAGAACUGCGAAGUUGAUAUACAACCACCAGUUGUUGAAGGAUGUCCAGUAGACAGAAACAUAAUGACAUCUAAUCUGACAAGCAGGCAGACUUGGUCUGAACCCAAAAUCACAGAUCCUCACGGGACAAACGUUAGUGUAACCAAGAAUUACCAAACAAACUCAUUUGAAUUUCCAUGGGGUGAGUUCACUAUCCAGUACAGUGCUGUAAAAAUAUCAAAUGGUCUUAAAGCUGAAUGCAAGUUUACCAUCUCAGUUACACGUGCUUGCAUUUGUUGA